AUGACGACCCCAUUCGCUGUAGUUCCCCCAACGGCUACGGCCAUUCACAUCACCAAGGCACUUCGUUUGGCUUCAAGUCAUAGUCUGGUUGCAGCGUGCUCGUUGGUGGGGCUUGGCCUCGCUCUCUACAUUUUCGUUAAGAUCAUCUACUCUAUCUAUUUCCACCCUUUGUCCAAGCAUCCAGGCCCCUUUCUGGCCAGGUUCACCGAUCUUUACGCUGGUUAUCAUGCAUGGAAAGGGGACAUCCACAUCGACAUGUGGCGAUGCCACCAGAAGUAUGGCGACUUCGUUCGCUAUGCCCCAAAUCGCUUGAAUGUAAACACUGCUACGGGUAUCAAGGAUAUCUAUUCGCAAAACAAGAACUUUCUAAAGAGCAAGAACUAUUCCGCUAUGGUCCACCAAGCCCUCAACACUCUCACCGUCAGAGAGAAGAAAGACCACGGCCGCCGCAGACGAGUCAUCAGCCAGGGUCUUUCCGAUGCUGUCAUCCGCAACUUCGAGCCUGCUAUGCUUGAAAUCAUCAACCGAUUCUGCGAUCGCAUGCUUCAGACUGUCGAAGAGGAGGCAGAAAACUCAAGUGUUGAAAAGGCCUGGAACCCGACACGGAACAUGUCGGAGUGGUGCAACUAUCUGGCCUUCGACAUCAUGACCUCUUUGAUUUUCCAAGGCAAAUACAACAUGCUCGAACGGCCAACUUACCGAUACGUUGUAAAGGUCAUUGAAACGUCGAAUAUCCGUGUCAGUUCCAUUCUGCAAGCACCAAUCCUGAAGAUGUUCCGCCUCGAUAAAGUCCUGUUCCCCCAAGCUAUCGCUGCUAGGAACGCAUUCAUCGGCUUCGUCGGCAAGCUUCUUAGAGACACCAAAAGGAACGACCGGACAGCUCGCAAGGAUCUCUUCCAAAUCCUCUCAGAUGCCAAAGACCCUGAGACCGGCCUCGGCUUCAACAACACGGAAAUAAUUGCUGAGAGCACAACUCUCGUGGUUGCUGGCGCUGACACCGUUGCCACCGCCAUGACUUCCGUCUUUUUCUACUUGAGCCGCAAUUCAGAUUCCUAUGCCCGCGCUGCCGCGGAAAUUCGCUCUACCUUUGACAGCAAAGACGAUAUUAAAGGUGGUGCUAAGCUUAGCAGCUGCCGCUACCUCCGUGCCUGUAUUGAUGAGGCAAUGCGCAUGUCUCCCUCUGUCGGCCUCGCCCUUUCCCGCGAAGUUCCAGCUGGCGGUGCUGUCGUCAAUGGCGAGUUCAUUCCCGGAGGCUGCGAAGUGGGCGUACCCAUCUACAGCAUCCACCACAAGGAAGACUACUUCGCAGAUCCGUUCAAGUACAACCCUGACCGAUGGCUCGUCGAGAAGGAGGCCUCCACACAGCAAGCUAUCGAUCAAACCUCCGCAUUCGUCCCGUUCUCAACAGGCCCAAGAGGCUGCAUCGGAAAGGGCGUUGCGUUGGUCGAGAUGAUGCUCACGAUGGCGGUUGUUCUGUACAGGUUGGACUUCAGCACUGCAGCGGGCGACAAGUCCGGAGGCAGUGUGGGAGCGGAGUAUGGGAGGCACCGUCUAGACGAAUUCCAGCUUCGGGAUCAUAUCACGAUGUCGAAAGAUGGGCCCCUGCUCCAGUUUCGCUCUGCUUCGUCUUAGGGCUUGGCUUGCUCUUCUCGAUAAUUUACAUUGUUGCGCGUGUAUGUAUAUACAUAGAUACCACUUUGAACCUGAAGCACAGCGUAAUUGAAUUAUAUUGGAUUACUUUUAACUGUUAUUCGAAAUGCUUCAUCUUGAAUCUGUGUAGACUUUCCUCGCGCCGUCAUAGAAUAGUGCCUUCAUAUAUCUUUAGGGAUAUGAAAUCAAAGAAGCUCAUAAUUUGAAGGAAUCAGGAAGCUGGCUGGGCGACCUCAGGCAGUGGUAGUCAG